GGUGCUCGCUAGUUCAUCGCUCGGUACCGUUGCAGACUGCCGUAUCCAGUCUCCCACUUCACUUCUCCGCGUAAAAGUUUCCUCAAUACAGCAAAGGAAUAGUAGAAGUUGAGUACAUUGUACGUCCCUCAAGUUAUCUAUGUCGUGUAUUGUGUAAGUUCUGUUUGAGAAAAGUCAACAUGCGGUGGUGUUUUCCAGUAGUUUUGUUCUUCGCCUUAGUUUGUUCAGUUCGACCAGAUGAGGAACUACCCGAGCCAACUCUGCGCAUCAUGGCGCGGUCGACCGUGUACAACGUCGGCGAGACCAAAGCCAUCUUCUGUAAAGGACAAAAUCUCGUAGAACCUAUUCAAUGGUACUCCCCCUCGGGCAAGUUAGUCGAGGAGCGAUCUACCAAGAAUAGUCGAGUGUUCGUGGAACGGAAGACGGAGGACAACGGAGUCCUAGUGCCGCUCAUCAUCCAUCGCAUCAAGAUCAGCGAUGGAGGGAACUGGACCUGCAAAGCCGGGAACCUGAGUGAAACCAAGGAGUUUAUUGUCGGAGAAAAAGUAAACAUCACCGAUAGAAACGUCACUCUAGAGGGAGAGGAGGGAAAAUCCGUUAAGUUGACUUGCGAAGCCAACGGCUACCCUCUUCCAGUUGUCGUGUGGUACAAGGACAAGCAUCAAAUUAGGGAUAAGGAGGACACCAAGAAGUACGUAAUCAAGGCAGACAACUCCUUAGAAAUCAAGAAGCUGAACCACGCCGACGUUGGCCUUUACGUGUGCAAAGUGAGACAAAAGGCGCUGUCUCACUACACUGAGAAGACUGUUCAUCUGUCUGUUCAACAUAAACCAAUUUUGUACAACAGCGAUACACAGAUGAUUUACACAAACACAAAAUACAAGACUGAAGAGGUUUAUGCCAUUUUGAAUGAUACCAAAAAUGUGACUUGCAGUGCUAUCGCGAACCCACCUCCAACCUACAGGUGGUUCAGGAGGCUCGAUAGCAGUUAUGAUGAAGCCAUCCUGGAACCCGAUACGGUAAUCACAUCCGAAGAUGGAACUAGCUCCGUGCUUAUCCUGAGAAUUCGAGACGAAACCUAUUAUGGUGAAUACAAGUGUUCUGCAACCAACAGCAAGGGUGCUGAGUCUAUCAUCUUCCACGUGAACCCUGGCUCCAAACCUCUACCACCAGAUACCGUCCAACUGACAGCAGCUAACACGACCAAUCUGACCUUCAACGUGACCUGUUCAUCUUGCAAUUUCGCCAGCCCUGAUGAAGUGCCCGAAUCACCCGAUCCGAAGAACCUCACCGUUAUUGGCUACAUUUUCCAGCUUACUCCCAGUAAACAAGGUUACCCAGCUGAUUGGGAUGGAGCACCCGAAUUCCGCGUUGACAUUGAAACUGCCAACAACACCCUGUUCACAUUAGGACCUCUAUCAAACAGUACAACAUUCCACGUUCGCGUGCGUACGCGCAACGCCGCGGGUAACUCUGAAUGGCUGGAGGCAGGCUAUGCAGCGACUACUGAUGACGCCAUCAGGCUCUCUGCCAGUUUACUCCUCAUCACCGUGACCAUAUGCAUGCGUAUGUUUGGUCAUUUUUAAAAAAGCAGCUUUGUUUGAAGUGGGGAUAUUUCUUUAAAGUAUAUGUAUAAAAUGGUCUGUUGUGAUUCGCUGGCUUAAGUUUAGUUUCGGAAGGAUGCCGACAAUUUUGUGACAUUUGUGUGCGUAUAGUUCAAUGUUAAUGUUACGUUUGUCACUUAAGAAAAUUUUACUGUAUGUUGAAUCACAUAAUGAAAUAUUAUCGUAGAAAGUUCAGAGUUAAUUACAGAUUAUUAUGAAGAUAUCUGCUACAUAGUUCCCUUAAUACGAUGCCAAAUAUAACGCCAAAUCGUUGAAUUAUGUUUAGUGUUACAUUAAUAAAACACUCUAUCCCCAUGACAUACCAAAGUUAUUGUAGAUAGAUAAUAUCUAAUUUGAACAAAAUAAUUGUCUAUUAUUAAAGUUUUAAAUAAUUAAGUGUUCAAUUCUCCGAAUAGUUAAAAGGCCUGAAGUUGUACUUUUUAAUGAAAGUAACUUGUAUCUAUUUAAUAUCGACUUUAAUGAACAUGAAAGGAACGUAGUAACGAAAAUUUUUGCUUGAUUUCAUUUGCAAGUAAAAGAUGCGCAUAACUGUACAUGUAUGUAUGUUAUAUUGCUGUGAUUUGCUUAAGUACGUGUUAAAUAAGGUAUUUACAGAACUAAAUUACAUUCGACAAGUCCAAGACGAAAUAAUGCUGCCACUUUCUUUAAAAAAAAACGUUAGACGUUUUGUAUGAAAACAUUAUUUGUACCUAUAACUUUGAUGACAGACCCAGUAUUUGACACUUGACAAUUUUUUUUGUAAUAAGAAUUUUUACUCUAAAAUUUUGACCAAUUGCAAAAGUGCACACACUUCUUCGGCAUUCCGCCGUACCUACACCUUUUUUCGUUCACUUGUAAAUACUUAUAAAAUUAUUUAGCUCUGCGUAAAAUAACGUAGUAUAUAAGUUAUCGCAUAUAUGUAUGUAUGUAUGUACGUAAAAGGGUUUAAAGGCGUAUCUACUUUUGGAGUUACUAGAAAAUCUGAAACAUCUAAACCUACUUUGUAUUGCUAAGUGACACUUACGGAAGUGUUUGUCCACUGUUUUUAGGGAAUAAGUAGGUUUAAUACCCUCAACUUAUAAGGCUCUAAUGCUAACUUUCAUUUAAAUGGAGGGUGAAAGUGAAAUAGAAAAAGUUUUGAAUAAGUAACAUUUUAUAAGUAAGAACUACAAUUGGAAAGAUUGCUAAACUUUCAUUCUACCGAUAAUGUAAUGAAAAGUUGCUACAAAAUUUAACUCCAAAAGUAGCUACACGCAUAGGUAUGUUAGCUGGAACUGAUAAAGCACUAUGUAUGAGUAGAUAAAUACUAUUAAGUAUAUUUUAAGUUAUUGUCGUUGUUUAGAAUAAGUUUAAUUUAAAAUAUUGAUGAAAACGAAUCCUUAACACUACAAACUAUGACAAUAUAUAUGCAGGUAUGAACGUAUUUUAUCAAAAAAAAAAAUAUUAACAUUCAUUUCCAAUUUUUACAUUCCAACUAACUAACGCCUAACAAGUUUUGGUCAAUUUUAAUUGCUUAAGUCCCAGUUUUACCAUGUUCUUGCAGGAAGACUGAUUAUUCUAUUGUAUAUUUGUUUUCCUAUGUAUCGCUUCUUUAGAUAAAUAGUUAGGUUUACCCUUUAUAUGAGCUGGAAAGGAACGAUUUCAUUCGUCAAUCUUUGAGAUUGAUUGUACAAAAUUGUGUACAGGAAUUGACAAACAAUGCGUUCUUCGGCUCUUAAAACGUUAAGAAAUUGUGUACCAUUAAAUAUUACUUGCAAAGUUAGCUUAAGAAGCUUGGUAUCACUAAAAUUAAGGGCUAUUUUAAGCCUCGAACAUAAUGUGCUGCAUACUCACUAUCGUGGACAUUAAACAGUCUUAGCAUUUACAUAAAAUUUAUAUGUAGUUGAACAAAAUGAUUGUUUUAUAAAAUGUUUAUUGCCGUUUGUAUUUGUAUAAUGUACACGUCUCUGGUUAUUUCUACUGUGUACAUACGUCAUAUUGUCGGCCAAUGGGUUUCAUAUACACUAAUUGUUACGUUAAUUACACUGGUGUUUCUGCCUCUAAUAAAAUGGUUUAUAAACAUUU